GCUGUGGUAGGAACGCAUAUAACUACAGUCAUGAAUACACAAUGCAUUCAGCAGCAGCAGCAGCCUGUAAUGCAGGGAGGCCAGUACCCACAAUACCAACCAGUGCCGACUCAACCGGGUUACGGUGGUCAGCCUAUGCAGACAGGACCAUAUCAGGGACAGUCAUAUGCACCAGGACCCCCACCCUCGUAUCACGUGGCCAUGAGUCCUGGAUAUCCCACUAGUCAGGGUGCAUAUGACGGAGGCCAGGCCAUGUACCCCAUGCAGCCGCCUGCCCAGCCAGGUGUUGCUCCUAUGCUUUCAGAGACAUCGAAUCAGCCGGCCUACAACCCCGCCUACAUGCAGCCACCAAACACCGGUUACUAAACCGCAACCGUCUCUCAAAUCAGUCAUUGCUGGAUUGUGGAGGUUGACGCACUUUUGCAAGGCAGUAAAAAUGUGCCUAAUCUGAUGUGCAUUAUACAAGACUAUUGGAUGUGUUAAAGUCAGGGUUAUUACAGUUUUUAAUAAUU